AGUAGCCACCGAACGCGGAAAUUCCACUGCGUAUCCCCUCACCAUCCGGUAACGUACCGCGAUACACUGCUACAUUUUGACCAUCCUUCUCGACUUGAUUUCUCAUUCGACGGUGAAAUCCAAGAUGAGGAGAAAAAUCCCGUUCUUCCUCCGCCUCAUCUAAAUCCUAACCCUAAUCGAUCCGAUGGCUUCGCGCCGCCUUCACUUAUUUGCAGAUAGUAAUAGUACAUCUAAUGGAAACUUCAGCUUCGACGGCAACAUCACACUCGACUGCAUCUUCAACUGCAUCGGCUAUUGCUUCUCCGGCAUCUGCUUUCCGACCCCUCCUCUAUCGCCGGUUGCUUUGCCACGGGACGACAACUCCAGCGACACCACAAUUCCUAUCAACCUUCACACUCGCGAUCGACUCACGCCAAGUCUAAUAAUUGCUGUCGUAUCCGCCGUCGCCGGCUCCUUUGCAGUCCUUCUCACCUUGUACGCCUACCUACGCUUCCGCCGCCGGGUUCGCCGAAACCAUCGUCAACCGGGAUCGGAAGGUACCGCCGAUGUUGUCAACGACAACGACGACGAAACCGGCGGUGAUCUCCCUCCCGGCGGCGAGAUCGAGCACCACAUAUGGUAUAUCCGAACCCAGGGGCUUGACGAUAGCACGAUCGCGUCGAUCACUUCCUGGAUUUAUAAAUCUAGCGACGGCCUCAUCGAUAGUAAAGAUUGUUCCGUUUGCCUAGGCGAGUUUUAUGAUGGGGAGCUGAUCCGCCUGCUCCCCAAGUGUAGCCACGCGUUUCACCUACCCUGCAUCGAUAGGUGGCUCAGAUCUCAUGUUAACUGCCCUCUAUGUCGAGCUCCGAUAAUUUCUCCGGCGGCUGCUACUGUUCUCGCACCUUCUCCUGCUUCUCCUGCAACUGCGAUCACCUCAGAUCCAUCAGAGCCGGUAACUGGCUCCCCUUCUCCAUUGGAAACAGCGCAAAUCGAGGCGUUACCAUGGGAGAGCGUUAACGAGGAGUUUGAGAUCGGAAUUAUGAACCACCCAAGUGAAGGGUCGUCUUCUCGGCCUUCUACUUCAGAGCUGCCGCCUAAUUCGUCGGAGGUAGAAGAGAAUCUGCAGCCAAUCAGGCGAUCCGUUUCGAUGGAUGCCUUCUCUCUAGAUGUGCUUAUCAGGCAUGGUAGGGCUGAGGAGGAAAUGGCUUCUGCAAAUAGAGAGAAACCUAGGGGCUUUCUGAAAGGGAACCUGAGCCGGAAACUACAUUCAAAAAUGGAUGUAUCUCUUUCCAGCCAAAGUUCGAGGUGGUUCUUUCCCAGGUACGGGCGUCCCCGAAACUCUGUUCUGCCAUUGUAAACAUCGACGAAUCUUCCCUUCUAUUUUUCCCCUGAAAAAUUCUUCUUCUUUUCCCCUCUCUUUUGUUAACUUCGGCGGGCUAGUUCAAUGUAAAAUCUUUGAUUAGGAGGAUGAUCUCGGCAAAUCGAGUGAUGUCCCUUUGCUGCUUCUAAACAUCAUAGCACCCAAAAAAAGCAUAGAAGGAUUAAAAAGGAAUCCUAUCUUGCUAUGGAGUGAUUAAGAUAUUACAAAAGACAAAAGUUUUGUUUGCGUAUCAAAUGAAUUGCUUUUAAUGCGUGGUUAUAAAAUCUAACCAAUCCCUCAUAGCUAUUUGUCUUUCAUAAUCAUUAGUCACUUCCUAUAUUUGGCUGAUAAACUGUAAUGUUCCCUAUCUUUAUGGCAAAAGAAGUUUUUUUAUUGCA